AUGUAUCGAAGUGACUCGGAACUGGCUAUGUCAAUCGGACAUAUCGGAAAGGCACCGCUUCGAUACCGGUUCCCAAUUCGACGUCCUCCGCCGAUCUAUCCGUAUCACAAUGCCCCGUAUCACGAGUUGAUUGCGCCGGCACCCGGAGCUAUGUACUACGGUCCGUACUAUGGUGUUUCACCCGGCUAUGUACCACCAUAUGUUGGUUAUCGAGGAAUGGUGCCAGCCGGCCGUCUGCUGGGAGCAGACGAAGUGAUUAAUCCAUCUCUGAGACCGUAUCCAAAUUUCAAUGUGUUUGAAGAUUGUGAACGGCUUCAUCAGGCGAUGAAAGGUUACGGUGUGGACGAGAAAGCCAUUAUUGAUGUGAUUGGGAAUCGUUCGGUUGAUCAACGUCUUCGAAUUGUUGAACACUACCGUCUGAUGUACGGAAAAGAUUUGGUAAAGGAGUUCCGCACAGUAUUGAGUGGACACUUCUUUGACUGCAUUGAAGCUUUGUUGUUCCCUCCACAAGAUCUGGAUGCGGUUGAGUUACGCAAAGCUAUUCGUGGUGCCGGAACGGACGAAGAUACUCUGAUUGAGAUCCUGUACACAAGAUCUAACGCGCAAAUUAAGCUGAUCAAAGAAGCAUACAAACGAAUCUUCCUUGGGCGCGAUUUGGAAACCGAUAUUCGAAACAGCACAUGCGGACAUUUCCGAGCAUUCCUUCUCACCCAGCUGGAGAAUGUACGAGACGAGAGCGAAACAGUUGAUUGGAAUUUGGCCCAUGAUGAUGCAGUCAAACUCUUUGAGGCUGCUGACAAAAGAAAUGUUUCUGUGCAACAACAACUGUUGGAUUUACUUUCGACUCGAUCUCCGGCUCAUAUGCGUUGCGUGUUUGAUGCGUAUGCCCGAGUGGCCAAUAAAGAGAUCGAAGUGGCUAUGGAAUCACAUGUAAGCGGAGAACUACUGCGCUCCUAUGUGGGUCUAAUUUAUCCGUUUUUCCACUCUCCUUAUCCGGAGCUAAUCCCUGCAUCACCGGCCGGUCGUUAUAUUGGACCUUUCUAUGGAGUAAACCCUACCUAUGUACCACCCCAUGUGGGUUACAAAGGCAUCGUUCACGGUGGUCGUAUUCUUGGAAUGGAUGAAGUGUAUGAGCCAACUCUAAGACCCUUUCCCCGGUUCGAUGUUGUUCAAGAUUGCGAACGGUUGAACAAAGCAAUGAAGGGGUUCGGGACCAACGAAAAAACAAUCAUCGAUAUCAUGGGUCACCGUUCGGUUGAUCAGCGCACACGAAUAGUGGAUCACUACAAACUGAUGUUCUCUAAAGACCUAAUGGCUGAAUUCAAAUCGGAACUGAGUGGCUAUUUUCUCCAGUGUGUUGAGGUAUUGUGCCAUUCAGCGGAGGACGUGGACGCCAUUGAGUUGCGCAAAGCUAUUCGCGGGCACUCAACAGAUGAGGAUACUCUGCUGGAAAUCCUGUGCACCCGUUCAAACGCCCAAGUUCAACGAAUUAAAGAGGCAUACAACAAGAUCUUCUUUGGCCGUGAUUUGGUUGUGGACAUUAGGAAUGACACCUUUGGACACUUCAAACAGCUGCUUAUCAAUCAGUGUAGUUCUGAACGCAGUGAGAGCCAGCAGAUUGACAGAAAUUUGGCGCAAAAGGAUGCACAACGCCUGUUUGAUGCCAGCGAGAAACGUCUAGCUAACACAGAAUCACAGUUGAAUGAAUUGCUAUGCACCAGAUCUUUCUUGCAUAUGCGAUUUGUUUUUGAGGCAUUUGCUCGCCUGGCUAGCUGUGAGAUUGAAGAUGCUCUGAAGAAAGCCCUGACGGGAGACCUUCUCAAUUCAUACUUGGGUCUGAUUCGGAUGAUUAGGAACAAGCCGAACUAUUUCGCUGAACGGCUCCGUCAAUCCAUGAAGGGUCUUGGCACAAACGACACCAUGUUAAUCCGAUUGGUUGUUACUCGUUGCGAAUUGGACAUGGGUCGAAUCAAGCAUGAGUUCGCCUUGGAAAAUAACAAAUCUCUUGCAAGAUGGAUUGUGGAGGACACAUCUGGGGACUACCGCAAACUGCUGCUGGCUUUAAUCAACGAAGAAGACAAAUAA